AUGGCUCCAUCUGUAGGUCUUAAGAUUACCAACUUUUUGGUACUGUUUAUGAGUUUGGUUCUCACAUAUCAACAAGUGAUACCAGUAUUAGAAGGAAGGAUUACUACGGUGAGUAUAUCAUCGACAGAAGAUGAUUUAGAAAGACAACCAAGUAGGACUCCUGUCAAAACGAUACAUACUCCAUGGGGUGAUAUUUACGACUGCUUUGAAUUCCACAAACAACCGGCAUUUGAUAAUUUUAUAUUAAAGAACCAUAAAACCGAGGACAACCAGGGAAGAUCUAGUCAGAGCAAAAUCCUUACUUCUCCUGUCAAAACGAUACAUACUCCAUGGGGUGAUAUUUACGACUGCUUUGAAUUCCACAAACAACCGGCAUUUGAUAAUUUUAUAUUAAAGAACCAUAAAACCGAGACGAGAGAAGAAAUAGUUUCCACAUACUUGGAUGAAGUAUUUGGUCUAGUAGAAGGGUGCCCGAAAGGAAUGGUCCCUAUUCGUAGGACAACCAGGGAAGAUCUAGUCAGAGCAAAAUCCUUACUUUCUUUGUCAAAUGCUCCUGGUUCUCAGUUUAGAGCAGGUAUUACUUACGUUGCAAAGGAAGGUGAAACUAUCUAUGGAGCAAUGGGAAGAUAUAAUGUUUGGAAUCCUAGCACAAAACAAGACCAAUUUACUUCAGGAGAAAUGGCUGUUCAAUUUAAUGAGGAGAAUCAGACCACUGUCAUCAAAGUCGGAUGGACUGUGAAUCCCCAGCUGUACGGUGAUAACUUAACUAGAGCUUUUAUAUACUGGACAGCUGAUGGUGCUCAGAAGACUGGCUGUUAUAAUACUCAUUGUCCUGGUUUUAUUCAAGUUCAUUCCAAAAUAACUCCGGACUUACCUUUUGGUACCACAUCAAAAGUGAAUGAAACUCAGAUUACAGUUAAUUUUGAGAUUUCGAUGGAGCAAACAACAGGUGCAUGGUGGUUGGUAGCAGAAGGAAAUGUUUCGAUUGGAUAUUGGCCAAAGGAACUAGUCCCUGCAUUGGGAUCAGGAGCGGGUUAUGUCUACUGGGGUGGUCGUGCACAGGCUAGUGAUGGAGUUGGACCACCAAUGGGCAGUGGUGAACGUUCACUAUCUGUCGACGGUACUAGCGUUAACGGUUAUGUUGACCAACAUAAAAAAAUGUUUGAACAAAAAUAG